GGUACCGUACUUAAUCAAAGUGUGUUAUGAAUAGUUAAAAAACUAGAGAGGUAACAUUGUCAAUAUCAUCAGAAGUUCGACCUAUCUUGUGCUUUUACCAGCUGAAUUUACCCAAACCAAAAUUCAGUUAGUUUACAACUAAAGCUGCCCAAGAAACUUGAUGUUAUAACAAAGGCCUCAUCACUUGGUGCAUCUGUGUUUCCAAUAGGAGCAGAGAUUUAGCACAACAAUGGCCUCUGUCACUUCGCUUCAGCCAACCAACUCCAUAAUCUCUUCUUCUCGAUUCAAACCUCCAAACCCUAACCCUGAUCAUCUCUUCCUCAAAACCCAAUCUUUCUCCUACUUCAACCCCACCCCAUCCAAACCAUUUCGCUCUUUCGCAGUCAACAAUCCCAGCAUCAAUCGCCGCCGCUACGACCGCUCCUCCCAGCCGCAAACCACCAGGCCUCGCUCCAAACCCGUCUACAAGACCCAACCUUUACAAAAGGACAGCAACUACCCCAACCCAAAUGAACCCACAAAUGAGUCCGACGGUCAAAAUGUGAGUGACCCAUUACGAAAAGAUGUGGACUUGAUGGGCUUGUGCAAGGAGGGUAAGGUCGAAGAGGCCUUGGAGUAUAUGGGCCAUGGCGUUUCUGCUGAUUAUGGUGUUUUCUGUAUGUUAAUGGAGUCCUGUGACGACUUGAAGGUUGGGAGAAAGAUUGACCAGUACUUGAAGUUGGCUCCUUUUGGGGGAGAUAUCGAGUUGAAUGUGAAAUUGAUCGAAAUGUAUGGGAGGUGUGGGAGUAUGAGAGAUGCACGCAAGGUGUUUGAUAGAAUGCCUGAGAGAAAUUUGAGUUUGUGGCAUUCGAUGAUCAAUGGGUAUGCUUUGAAUGGGAAAGGGGGUGAGGGGGUGUUGUUGUUUGAGCAAAUGAGGAGUUCAGGGUUGAAGCCGGACAAGGAGACUCUAAAGGUGGUUUUGGGGGCGUGUGCUAGUGCGGGAGCUGUGGAAAAAGGGCUAACAUACUUUGAAUCAAUGAAGGAUGAGUAUGGGAUUGUGCCGGAGAUUGAGCAUUAUGUAGGGGUUAUUGAUGUUCUUGGGAAGUCUGGUCAUUUGAAUGAAGCUGAGGAGUUCAUUGCGAAAAUGCCAUUUGAGCCUACCGGCAAAGUUUGGGAGGCUCUUAGGAACUUGGCGCGAAUUAAUGGAGAUCUUGAGCUUGAAGAUCGCGCUGAGGAAUUGUUGGUUAGUGUUGAUCCUUCUCAGGCCAAUGCUGAUAAAAUCCCGUUGCCUCUGCGGAAGAAGUACUCAGAGAUUAACAUGCUAGAGGAGAGGAAUUUGGUGAGUGAGUAUAGGUGUACAGACAUAUAUGGAGAGUCAUAUGAGCAAUCGAAAGGUUUGAGAGGACAGAUGAGGGAAGCAGGAUAUGUGCCGGAUACUAGAUAUGUGCUUCACGACAUUGAUCAGGAAGCCAAAGAGCAGGCUUUGCAGUAUCACAGCGAGCGGUUGGCAAUUGCUUACGGUCUGAUCAGUACUCCUGCUAGGCAAACUCUAAGGAUAAUAAAGAACCUUCGAAUCUGUGGUGACUGCCACAAUGCAAUAAAAAUCAUGUCAAAGAUUGUAGGGAGGGAGCUGAUUGUUAGGGAUAACAAGCGAUUCCAUCAUUUCAAGAAUGGGAAAUGCUCUUGUGGAGAUUACUGGUAAAGCUAUCAGCCUAUAGGUGAUAGAAGCUUCUCUCCAAAACCAGGCUGUGGUGCUAAGUAUGUAAGAUUGUAAGGCAACUUCAAUGCCGCACCGGAAAAAUCAAAAGGGAAUCUUUUUGCUAGAAAUUGACUUGUAGAAUUUUGUGAGCAUCUUACAUUGUACAUUAUUCUAGUACUGAAAUUCAGUUGCUAUGAUAAUGUUUUGUUUGGUAUUAGAUUCGCAUGAAU